AUGGAAAGGCUGGUGGAACGGUUGGAGAAGGCUGUGGAGCGCCUGGAGACGGUGUGCCAAGGACCUGGCAUGUGUGGAGAUGGCUCUUCCAAAGGAGUGGCUCAGUACGUGCAGGCUUUCGAUGCCCUUCUGGCGGGCCCAGUAGCUGAAUACAUCAAGAUCAGCAAGGAAGUUGGCGGGGAUGUGCAGAAGCAUGCUGAGAUGGUUCACGUGGGGUUGAUGAGUGAGAGGGCUCUUCUAGUGACGGCAUCUCAACAUCAGCAGCCAACAGAGAAUGCGUUUUCAUCGCUUCUGAAACCGAUUUCAGAGCAAAUCCAGGUGGUGCAGAAUUUCAGGGAGAAGAACCGUGGUAGCAAACUGUUCAAUCACUUAUCGGCAGUCAGCGAGAGCAUCCCAGCCCUGGGCUGGGUGGCCAUGGCUCCAAAGCCUGGUCCUUACGUGAAGGAAAUGACCGAUGCUGCCAUGUUUUAUACCAACCGGAUCCUCAAGGAGUACAAGGAUGUAGAUAAAAAGCAAGUGGACUGGGUGAAAGCUUAUCUGAGUAUCUGGACGGAGCUGCAGGCCUAUAUCAAAGAGUAUCACACCAUAGGGCUGACUUGGAGCAAAACAGGUCCUGUAGCAACAGAAGGGGCCAAAUCGCCACCCGUUCCCCCAGCCGGGGCUGCGCCUCCCCCCCCAGGCCCUCCUCCCCCACCUGCUCCUGCCCCCGCGAGCUCCAGCACAGAUGACUCUGCCUCCCGCUCCGCACUCUUCGCCCAGAUCAAUCGAGGAGAGGGCAUCACCUCUGGCUUAAGACAUGUUUCAGAUGACAUGAAGACCCACAAGAAUCCGGCACUGAAGAACCAAGGGGGUCCUGUGAGAAGUGGACCCAAACCUUUCACUGCUCCCAAACCAGCCUGUAACGCUAAUCCCUCCCAAAAAACCUCUCCAAAGGCACCUGCGUUACUAGAAUUAGAGGGCAAAAAGUGGAGAGUGGAAAACCAGGAGAAUGCCACUAACCUGGUAAUCAGCGACACGGAGCUGAAGCAGGUAGCAUACGUUUUCAAGUGCACAAAUAGCACGCUUCAAAUCAAAGGCAAGAUCAACUCCAUCACCCUCGAUAACUGUAAGAAGCUAGGGCUGGUGUUCGAUGACGUGGUGGGCAUCGUAGAGAUCAUAAACAGCAGGGACGUUAAAGUUCAGGUAAUGGGUAAAGUGCCAACAAUUUCCAUCAACAAGACAGACGGUUGCCACGUGUAUCUGAGCAAGAACUCCUUAGACUGCGAAAUCGUCAGUGCCAAGUCAUCAGAGAUGAAUGUCCUUAUUCCCACAGAGGGUGGUGACUUUACUGAAUUCCCUGUCCCAGAACAGUUCAAGACAGUGUGGAACGGUCAGAAGUUGGUUACCACUGUGACGGAAAUUGCUGGCUAAGCAGAAAAGCUCCAAGGCUCAUGUCCUCCCCUGGCCCUGCUGUGGGACAAAUCUGCUUUCAGAUGAUUCUCUUAGAUUUCUUGUACCUUUCUGCUCUCAAACUGCUUCUCUUCUACCCGAGAGACACAGCUACCUGCCGUCACUGAAAUACCUCUGGCUGGGGUUUGGUGUAGGUGGCGGCUCAGUUAUUGUCCACAUCUAUUAGCAGGAAGGUGUACUUUUUUUGUCCCCCCUCCCCUUGUUUGAUCUAACUGCACCAAUUGGUCAAGUCAGAUUUUCGGUGAACUUCACAGCCAGUACUGGCAGUUGGCUUUCAGAGUGUUGUUCAGGUUUUUUUGUA